UGUGUGAAAUCCCCUUGGUUGGGAAUUGCAUAAUGAAGCCAUGUUAUUGGAGCUAUAAAUUGACAUGCAGAGCGCCGCUGAGGCAAAGCGGCGAGCUGCCUGAAAACCGCUUUCUAUCAGCGCAGGAGCGAGUCGGUGACCUCGCUCUUUUAUGGUGUUUAUCGGUGCCGAACCGGCGCGCGGAGUCUGGACUCGGCACGAACUAGCCGCGGGUUCGGUUAGCACUCGGCUGCGUUUUACACGACAAGUCCGGUUAAUUUUAGCUAUUUGACUGGUUUUAAGGACAAGUGCCCAAACAACAACAACAUAAUGGCUAUCAAUAAGACGUACAUUAGCCUCGGCUACGCCUGUGUCGGAGUGCUGGUCGGGUUCUCCGCUUUCCUCGUCUGGAACAUCGCCUACAAACAGCCGUGGACCGCCGCCAUGGGGGGCUUAGCAGGUGUUCUGGCACUUUGGACUCUAGUCACACACAUCAUGUAUCUGCAGGACUACUGGAGAACAUGGCUGAAGGGGCUGAGGAUCUUCUUGUUUAUGGGCAUUUUUUUCUCCCUGCUAUCAGUCAUCGCGUUCAUCACUUUCCUCUGUCUCGCUGUGUCUCGCAAAGAGUCCCUGAAGGACCCUAACAGCCUGUUUCUGUCAUGUGUGUGGAGCUUCAUGAGUUUGAAGUGGGCAUUUCUGCUGGCCCUGUAUUCUCACAGAUACCGCAAAGAGUUUGCCGACAUCUCCAUUCUCAGUGACUUCUGAGACGUACUCCCCCACGCAAAGACACACUUUCAUACACUAGAUAAAAACACAUAUCUAACAAGUUGAUGAGAAAAUGCUGGGCAGUUUUUAAUAGAUGGACACUUGAUGAGCAGGAAAUGGGUGGACUUGAUGGGUGGACCAAGGAUGGUCAGAGGUGUAGUUAACACUGCAAAAGUACAUCAAUGAAAAUGAUUAUGUAUUUCUAUGUCUGUCUUUCUCUUUCCCUUCAUUGUUUUUUACUAUCAGAAUACAGAGGGAUGAGGGUUAGGAAGUCUUUUUUGAUCUCUUAGCUUAUAUGACAAGUUCCUUGUUUUCUGCAUCAACUUUGUCCAGCAGCGCCUAAGUAUUGUUUUAUGAGUGCAUGAUCGACGUGGGCAUUUAUGAGCCUUUGGGCAGUUGUCUUGUGUCAAAUAUGCAGUUUUAAAUAUUUUUAUCUUUUAUGAAAGACUAGACCGCGACCCUGUUUGGACUAGCGGGCAACGACGAUGAUGAUGAUGAUGAUGAUGAUGAUGAUGAUGAAAGACUAGCAGAUGUGUCCUCCUCUCCCUCUUGAGAUAUUUAGGAUUUUUUUCCUCUAUUUCUCCUUAUAAGGGACAAAAGGAAGCACUAUUAUUUGUUUUAAAUGUUUUAAUGGUGCUCACUGUCUAUCCCGUCAUAACUACCUUAAAAAUUCUCUUUUAUAUCGUCUAUAUGUGUGUUUGUCCCUGUCUUGUUCUGCAGACAAUGUGUGUGGCUUAACCCAUUUUGUUGAAAAGGCCUUUUUAGGACCAGCAAUGCAGGAAUGUAUGUAGUUUGAUGACCAUUGAAUGAGCACUUUAUGACCUGUGAUAGAUGAGGAUCAGUGACUGGUGGAGAUGUGCAACUAAUCAUAGACGUUCUGUCCAGUUGAGAGCGUCUCGACUGAAGCUGGUGGUUUUCUGUUGAUCAGAUUGUUGAGCUUUGGUAAAGGCUUUUUAAAAAUGUUCUCAUGAUUUUAAUAUAUUUUCAGUAAAUGGAGCCAUUUCAUCUUUCUUGUGAAUGUUGACGUGAGAAACAGAAGUGUAGGUGUUUUAUAGCCUUUUUUGGUAUAGCCUUUUUUGCUCAGUGGGUUGAAUGUCACCAAAUGAUGGGCAUAGCUGGGCUGAUCAGGUUUUAGCAACUGCUCACUAAAUGUACUUGCCUUUUUUGGGGGGGUGGGGUUAUUAUAGCCAUCUUUAUUAUUUUAUUCACAAAGAAGCAAAUGUGUUGUUUUAAUGCUGUUUUGUCUUUCAAGGCAGUUUACAAAUGUAUCCAUAAAACUGUAUAAGGACAAAAAAAGUUUAAGAAUGUAUGUAUGUCUGUACACCAUGUUAAUAAAAUCAAAUAACUUUUA